AUGGCGAAUAUUUUGCAACAUCAACAUCAGUCUAUGGGGUCUGUUUAUGACAUGCUCGAAAGUCUCAAGGAGAUAUUCAAUGAGAAAAAUCGUGCGGCUAAACAGACAGCCAUGAAAUCCCUUUUGAAUACCAAGAUGGCUGAAGGAUCAUCGGUCAGAGACCAUGUUCUAAAGAUGAUGGGUCUUCUGAAUGAACUGGAGGUCCUUGGAGCUGUGAUUGAUAAGGAAUCUCAAGUUGAGAUGGUCCUGCAGACUCUGCCUGACAUUGUGACACUGAAUGUUGAGAAAGCUUCGAUUUCUAAGUCGAAAGGUGAUAAGAAAAAGAUGAAGGCUCAAAAGGUUUUGGCACCUGGAGGUGCGGCUGAUGUGAAAAAGCCCAAAGGAAAGUGA